GGGAGUAGUAAAUUGAUGUAGAAAUGCGAUAAUAAAGGUAGCAGUCAAAGUGAAACGACUCAAACCCAACAAAACUGAUUGAGUGAUCGGGCGGAGAAAAGCAGUGAGUGAGUGAGUGAGAGAGAGAGAGAGAUGGCGUACGCUGCAGUGAUUUCUGUUCUGGAAACUCUGAUUGAGCUCCAAGAUGAGUCUAAAUUACAAAACAUUCCAUAUCCUAGAUCCGAAGUCCGCACCCUUGAAAAUAACCUCACCUUCUUGCAAUCAUUUAUGAAAGCGGAAAACCCAGGCGUCGAAGAUUUGGAAGUCGAAAUCAGAGAGAGGAUGUACGAAGCCCAAGACGCCUUGGAUUCCAAUAUCUCCAAUUUCAUCCUGAAUUCGAAAAGCGCGGACUGGGUGGAAGACAACUACAUUUCGAGUUUCUCUCGGGACUUGGAGAAAGUCAACGCAGAUGUUGGUUUCGUCACAGCAGCGGCCAGGAUGCUCAGCCCCAUCGACGUGCGCCCCUUGCUGCUGAUGCCGCCCCCACCACAAGUCAGCCACAGGAGCUCAAUUGUGGGGCGUGAGGCUGACUUGUUCCGUCUUAAAUCUAGUCUCAUCGCGCCAUCUAGCGCGCUCCAUACGGUUUCAGUAUUCGGGGAUCGUGGAAUUGGUAAGACGCAUCUCGUCCAAACUGUCUACGAUGAUCCAGACAUCGUCUGGAGGUUCAAAACUCGUGCUUGGGCUGAGGUACCCCAAUUUUACAGCAAAAAGGAAGUCCUGAUUACCCUUCUGCGCUGCAUGAAAGGGUUUGGUAGUGGGAAGGGUCAAGAGAUCGCCCAAGACAAGUUGGCCAAGCGUCUCUCCAACUACCUGAGCCAGGGGAGUUAUCUCAUUGUGUUGGAUGGUGUAUGCAAUCCCGAGGCCUGGGACAAUCUCAAGGAGCUAUUCCCGGAUUGGGGCAACGGAAGUCGAGUCAUGAUAACCACUAGGCCGCAGGAAGUAGCUCAAUAUGCCAAAAUUGGAAAUAAAGGGAGUUUAGAGAAAAUCCUCCCCCUCGAUGGAGAGGAACCGUGGGAUUUGCUCCAGAGUGUAGUCUUUCGCUACAAGGCAUGCCCGGAGAAGUUGGUGGCAACUGCAAAGCGGGUAUCUGCAAACUGCAAAGGUCUCCCUUUAGCUAUAGUAACUAUUGGGGGAGUUCUGAUGGAGGCUGGCACCAAAGAUUGGGAGAUUGCAGCUUCUUCUCUCACUGGCUGUGGCGACUGCGAUGAACUCAUAGAUGCUGUCAUGUCUUUGAGCUACAAGAGCUUGCCGCAGUAUGCUAAAGCUUGCCUUUUCUAUAUGGCCAUAUUCCCCAAUAAUUAUGACAUACCCCUCUCCAAGCUCUACAAAUUAUGGAUUGCUGAAGGAUUUAUUGACAAGAAUGACAAGGUCAAUAGCCUCGAGAAAAUGUGCGAGGAGUGCUUGUCUCUGCUUGAUAAAAGAGGUAUCGUUUUCGUCUCUGAACGGAACCAUCUUGGCAAGAUCAGAACGUGCAGAGUUGAUGGAGUAUAUCAUGACUUUCUGAAGAAAAAGGCUAAGGAGGAUAAGUUCUUCCAUGUCAUAAAUGGCUACAUGAGCUCUUUCCCUGAUAAAACUUGGACACAUGAACGGUUUUUAAUUCGUGAAAACGUCCAGUUCGCGGAUGGAGAUGUGUUGAAGUCGGAAAACCCAGCUCCAACCGUCCGGUCUAUGCUCUUUGAUGGCGCACACGAGCAGAACCCAAUGUGGGUGCACUUAGACUUCAAGCUGCUCAGGGUGUUGGAUGCUCUUAAAAUCCGAUUCUAUGGAUUCCCAGAUGAAAUCCUCAAGUUAAUUCAUUUGAGGUACCUUGCUCUCACUUACCCCGGUGAGAUCCCAGAAGAAAUAUGUGGGCUUUGGAACCUACAAUUCUUGAUCAUCCUCCGACAGCUCAGCAGCAAAACCUCUGAGGUUGUGUCGCGUCUGCCACUUGAAAUUUGGAAUAUGAGUGAACUGAGGCAUCUGCAGUUGAUCGGGAGAGACUUGCCGGCUCCUUCCACUAGUAGUCCAAAGCUAGAGAACCUUAUAACACUCCUGGAUGUGAGCUCCCAUAGCUGCACCCCAGAAAUUUUGAAGAGAAUUCCCAACUUGAAAAAGUUUGGAGUUCGGAUAGAAUCACCAGCAUUGGAUGCUGCUGAAGACAUGAGCUUUCUCAGUCAUCUCACAUUGCUUGGAAACCUUGAGUCAUUCAAAUGUGUGGUUAUGCAUCCUGAUUUCGAGUCUCAAGUAGCAUCUCCCAAUCCCAAUGUAUCUUUCCCUGCCACCGUUACAAAGAUAUCUUUGAGCGGAUGUGGGCUUUCAUGGGAAAAUAUGAAGACCAUUGCCAAACUGCCCAAGCUCAAAUCACUGAAACUGCGGUGGUAUGCCUUCCGCGGCUCUGAGUGGAAACAGGAGGGAGAUGGAAAGGAGCACAAGGGUUUCCCAAAGCUGACAUUCUUGCUGCUUGAAGACUUGGAUAUACAGUCCUGGAAAACCAGCAGCGGACAUUUCCCUUGGCUCCAAAAUCUGGUUAUCAGACACUGCUACAAAUUGAAAGAAAUCCCUGCAGCUAUUGGGAAUAUCCCAUCACUUAAAAAGAUUGAACUGGUUGAUUGCAACUCAUCCGCUUUGAAAUCAGCUGAAAAGAUAAAGGAGGUGGCUCAACAGAGCAGAGGACAUAUUGGAGUCCACUUCCAUUCUUCCCAUGAUGAUUAGAAGUCGUCUGAACUCAGGAAUGAGUUUACAUAAUUGGACAUUGUUGUGCACAACUUGUUAUUGGGCUUUCUUUGAUUUAUAUGCUAGAAUUUAUUUUUACUAUUUAUGAUGUAGGGUUAUUUCAGUGAGUUUUGUGUUUGAUUAUUUUCGAAUGAAUAAUAUGUUGUGCAUUUUUGUGAA